AUGGAGAGUGUGUUUCUGAAACAAGUGCAACCGCACGUUUUUAAAGCUCUGAAGGAUGUAGAUAUUGAAACGCUUAUGAAGAGUUCAUCAGAAGAAAUAAGGCCCAUCAUUCCCUGUCUUGUGCGAAUGGCACUUUUAUCACCAUUAGAUAUAACUAGAUAUUGUGCAGAAGCAAAGAAAGAUAUACUUACUCUUUUAUCCGGUAUUGAUUUGGUAAAUUUCAUUGUAUCUUUACUAUCUAUUGAGUUUCAUGCACUAGAAGUAGACCUUAAAAAAGAACAACAAAUGAGACAAAAAAAUGGAUCUCAGAAUGUUGAAUCUUUUUUAAUACAGAACAUUGUAAAUGGCAUAGCAAAUGAUUUUGAACAAUCUGAUUCAGCUAGAAGAGUGAGGUUGGUUUUAUCUGAAUUACUCCAAAUGCAAGCACAAUUAUCGGAAUAUAACCAGAAUCGAACAGCAAAUAGUGAAAGUACAGUUAAACCCUCUGAAUUAUUUGAUAAUGAUGUAUAUCUUGAGGAAGUAACAGAUGUAAUUUGUAUAAGUCUUGCCGAAUUACCUAAUUUGCUAAAUAUUUGUGACAUAGUGGAAGUUCUUCUUUAUGUAAAUAAAGGUCCUACUAUAAUAUCAUGGGUUGUAGCAAAUAUGCCUGAUACUUUACAAGAUGUUGCUGAGUCAUUGGUGAUGAAUGCUGAAAGAGGGGAAGAAGGAGGUAUUAGAGCAAAAGCUCUCUCCACAUUGUGUGACAUGUGUCCAUAUAUGGCAGCAUCAAUAAGAGCCAAAGCAGCAUCUGUGUCUCGUUUACCAUCCCUUCUCAUAAACCUCACUCUGACGCACCAUCAAGAUGAUUUGGUUUCAUUUGUAUCAAGCCUUUUAUUAGGUUCUGAUCAAAACACAAGGUCAUGGUAUGCCCCAUUUUUAAGAAAUUCACAUAAAAGAGGCAAAGGUGAUGGACACAAUGCACUUAUAAAGCUUCGCCAGGAAUUACUUAAUAGAUUGAAAAAAGCUUCAGCAGGAGUUGAUGCUUCAGCACUAUUAAGACUGUACUGUGCUCUGAGAGGAAUUGCCGGCAUCAAAUUUCAAGAUGAUGAAGUGUCUGGACUUCUAAGACUUGUUACACAAAAACCACCACCAACAGCUGCUGGAGUUCGAUUUGUUUCAUUGAGUCUAUGUAUGAUCCUUGCCUGUCCAUCUCUUAUGGCUGCUCCAGAACAUGAAAAGAAAGCAAUUGAAUGGGUGCAAUGGCUUGUGAAAGAAGAAGCCUAUUUCGAAAGCAACUCUGGAUUUACUGCAUCAUUUGGUGAGAUGUUAUUGUUGAUUGCUAUCCAUUUUCACUCUGGCCAAUUAGCUGCAGUUGGAGAACUGGUUUGUGCCACUCUAGGAAUGAGAGUGCCCGUACGGCCGAAUGGGUUGGCGCGUAUAAAACAGGCCUUUACUCAGGAAAUAUUUACAGAACAGGUGGUUACUGCACAUGCUGUUAAAGUUCCUGUAACUGCCAACCUCAAUAGUAACAUUGCUGGCUAUUUACCUGUGCACUGUAUCCAUCAGUUACUAAAAUCUAGAGCAUUUUCGAAACACAAGGUUCCCAUAAAAAAUUGGAUAUAUCGUCAAAUCUGCAAUUGUACAGCCCCAUUGCACCCAGUCAUGCCUGCUCUAGUUGAAGUUUACGUCAAUUCAAUAUUAGUCAUAAAUAACAAAGGAUCCAAUGAAUAUUUUAACCAACCAAUAACGGAAGAGGAAAUAAAGAAAGUAUUCAGAAACUCUAUAUUUGGUGUCAACUUUGAUGGCCAGAAUAAAUCCUCAUUUACCCCAAUGGAAAUCGAUGGUGAAUCAGCAGUCGAUAUCACCAUCGAAAAGCCGACAUUAGCUUCACAGUUGCUUCUAAUUUACUAUCUUUUGCUCUAUGAAGACAUUCGACUGACUAAUGCCGCUCUGCUGAUCGCAAAUGGCAGAAAAAUCAAAAGCUAUUCUACCUCGUUCCUCUCUGAACUUCCGAUCAAGUAUUUGCUUCAUCAAGCGCAAAAAGAUCAGUCGAGUUACGGAGGACUUUUCAGUCCCUUAUUACGUCUUUUGGCGACACACUUCCCACAGUUAUCUUUAGUAGACGACUGGAUGGACGAUCAAGUUUUCGGAGACUCGUGUCGCCAUCAUGUAGAUUUCAAAUUGUCGGAAACGUUCAUUAAUGAGGCUUUUAAUAGUAUCGAAACGAAUCCGUACAAAACUGGCAAAGUUUUAAAGGCAAUGCUUAGUAAAAAUCCUACUGAAAUUUGGCCAUUCGCCGAGACAUUUGUGAAACACGUGAAAUGCGUCCUUGGUGAAGGGGUCCCACGACAUAUUCAGGAAUUAUAUAGAGAAGUAUGGCUUCGAUUGAACACAGUGUUGCCGCGAUGUCUGUGGAUAAUGACAAUCAAUGCUCUUCUGGACAUAAAUAGUGGUGCUAAAAAUGUCACAAUAACCCAGGAAAAUGUUCUUGUGGACCCAUUGCAAGUAUUACGGUGUGAUAUACGAGUUUUUCGAUGUGGGCCAGUACUAAAAAUUAUCUUGAGAAUAUUAGAAGCAAGUUUGGCGGCCUCAAGGUGUCAGCUGAGUCGCCACUUGUUGGAUAAACCGCUAUUGGAGAAAAGCGGUCAACUAACAUCUGAUUCAGAAAGAGAAGAGCUCAAAAAUGCCUUGGUCGCGGCACAAGAAAGCGCCGCGCUCCAAAUAUUGCUAGAAGCUUGUCUCGAGACUUCAGAAGAUCAGUUAAAGCCCGAAUUGAUGUGGUCCUUAAGAGAAGUUCGGAGUAUAAUAUGCUCUUUUCUACAUCAAAUAUUUAUUUCAGAACCCUCACUUGCUAAACUCGUACAUUUUCAAGGGUAUCCAAAGGAGUUGCUGCCCAUCACUGUACAAGGAAUACCCUCAAUGCACAUUUGUCUUGACUUCAUUCCAGAACUUCUAAGCCAAGCGUCUCUAGAGAAACAGAUCUUUGCCGUUGAUCUAGUCUCUCAUUUGUCGAUUCAGUAUGCAUUACCCAAAGCGAUGUCGAUCGCCAGAUUAUGCAUUAACACCCUAUCUACGUUACUAUCAGUUUUGCCGAGCGAUUUGCGUCUUGAGUUGUUUCAACCAGUUCUCAAAUCACUAGUUAGAAUUUGCACAGCAUUUCCCUCCCUUUUAGAAGAUAUCACUUCACUUUUAUUACAGUUGGGAAGAAUUUGUGAAUCACAAGCUUCACUGGGUCAUUGUUGGAAUGACACAAACAUAUUAGGGGAGGGCGCUUAUGUACUAUCAGAUGUGCAAAGCGAUACUAAAGUAUUGGUUUCCGAAGUUCUCUGUCGAGAUAUUAAAAGUGCUAUGUCCGAAGUAGUGCAAAAGGCUCUGUUGAAUGACAAAUUACACUAA